AAACAAAUUUUAUUGUAAAUUUCCUCAAAGUCAUGACUUAUGAGUAGAUGUUGGCUAACUUGCUAUUUUACGCGGCAACAUGGUAACAAGACGCUAAAGCAUUAGAUUGCCUGCCGCCACAAUUCCUGCCUGCGAAGUCGUAGAGCAUUUUGUUGCUAUCCUUUAAUAUUAUUCGAAACAAAAUGAGUAAAGGGAAGGAAUUGAGUCCUACAGUUGCAGAGGCACAAGAAGAAUUCAGUGUUGAAAAAGUUUUGGACAGAAGAGUGGUUAAAGGAAAGGUUGAAUACUUUCUAAAAUGGAAAGGAUAUACUAAUGAUGAUAACACAUGGGAACCAGAAGAAAAUCUAGAUUGUCCAGAUUUAAUUGCACAGUUUGAAGAACAGCGAAAAAAGAAGGAAGCUGCUAUAACUGCCAAGCGGCACGAGGAUAAAGAACAAAAGAAACGAAAGAGCUCGAGCACUCCUACACCCAUUCCAGCUAAGAAGAAACCAAACGAAGAAAAGAAAGCUGAAGGCUUUGACAGAAAUUUAGAACCCGAACGAAUUAUUGGAGCAACAGAUUCAAGUGGUGAACUUAUGUUUUUAAUGAAAUGGAAGGGCACAGAUGAUGCAGAUUUAGUCCCUGCUCGAAUUGCCAAUGAAAAAUGUCCACAAAUUGUGAUAAAGUUCUACGAAGAACGUCUAACAUGGCAUAGUCCUACUCAUGAUGAAGAAAGCUCAGUAAAAGCUGAUCCAGAGUAGCGUCUACCACCCUUUCGAUACACGUACACUGCACGCUUUAGAAUUUGCCGCAUAUAAAGAGAAAUAGCGUGUACAUAAUGAGAUUUCAAUUCUUUAUUGUUGCACAGUAAUCAUAAUGAGGAUAUAACUUUUUUUUACAAACAGUGGCAACCUAUACUUGAACAAAUAGGCAAGUUUCAUUUCAUACCUGUCUCAUUAUUAAUAAGAUAUAAUUACCCUUAUUACACACUUACAUAAAAAUGUGCACUUACAACUUCUUUUGCAACUGGUACAUUUCUUUUAGAACUAGAUACACAUA